CCGCGACCCAACGGCCUCGGGCGCUGCCGGCCUCGCAGAGGGAUCCGCCCCGCCCCGCCGGCUGGCGCAUGCGCAGCAGCGCGGGCCGCCGAGCGCUUCUCCAACGGCCGCCGCCGAUAUGAAUUACUCUCAGUUCAUCACCUCUGUGAGUGCAGCAAGAAAAGCAUCUCCAAUAAGACUUCUAACUGAACUGAUGCAAAAGUCUCCUCCAUCACUCAUCUCACUGGCUGGAGGUGUACCAAACCCUAGCACUUUCCCAUUUAAGAAGGCUACUGUUGCCGUUGAACAUGGAACUGCUGUUGAGAUUGGGGAAGAUUUGAUGAAGAGGGCUCUCCAGUACUCCACCUCAGCAGGGAUUCCAGAACUGUUGUCUUGGCUAAAAAAUUUUCAGAGGAAUCUACAUAAUCCCCCCACAGCCAACUACAGCCCUGAGCAAGGACAAAUGGAAAUGUGCAUCACAACUGGCAGCCAGGAAGGCUUAUGUAAGGUGUUUGAAAUGCUCAUUAACCCUGGGGACAACAUCCUUUUGGAUGCACCUACAUAUUCUGGAACACUAGCAGCUCUGAGACCUUUGGGUUGUAACAUAAUUAAUGUCCCUAGUGACCAACAUGGCAUUAUUCCAAAAGCUCUGAAGGAAAUUCUAUCUACUUGGAGCCCAGAAGAUGUAAAAAGCCGUAGACACAAUAUCCCUAAAUUCUUGUACACUAUUCCAAAUGGUUGCAACCCAACUGGAAACUCCCUGACCACAGAGCGCAAGAAGGAGAUAUACCAGCUUGCAAGAAAAUAUGAUUUCCUUAUAAUAGAAGACGAUCCUUACUACUUUCUUCAGUUUGAAAAGCCAUGGGCUCCAACUUUCCUUUCAAUGGAUGUGGAUGGCCGAGUUAUCAGGACUGACUCUUUCUCUAAAAUUCUGUCAUCAGGGUUGAGAAUAGGCUUUCUGACAGGUCCAAAGCCUCUUAUCGACAGAGUUAUUCUACACAUACAAGUAUCAACAAUGCACACCAGUACUUUCACACAGAUUAUGAUAUCACAGCUUCUUCAGCAAUGGGGAGAAAAGGGUUUCUUGGAACAUAUAGACAGGGUGGUGGAGUUCUACAGAACCCAGCGGGAUGCAAUGCUCAUGGCUGCUGACAAGUGGUUAAAAGGCUUGGCAGAAUGGUACCCUCCUGCUGCAGGCAUGUUCUUAUGGAUCAAAAUUAAGGGAGUUUCUGACACACAGCAGCUGAUCAUGGAAAAAGCUUUGCAGAAAGAAGUGUUACUGGUUCCCGGAGGAGCAUUCAAUAUUGAUAGUUCAGAGCCUAGUUCUUAUGUCAGAGCCUCCUUCUCUCUGUCUUCUCCAGCCCAGAUGGAUCAAGCUUUCAAGAGAUUGGCUGACCUUAUAAAAGAAGCUAUAUGAAAAGGCUAAAUAGACCUCUUUUGGAAAUCAAAAUCAUCUCCAGAAAACAUUUAUUAACAUUUGGAUUUCAUCAGAACACUUUAAAAGCAAGCACAAUACAGUGGACAUUUCCAUAGAUGGUACCAGUGCUUGGAUUCCAAACUUAGAUAAUCAGCAUCCAAAAAAAGGUUUGUAGAGAAUGUAGGCAUGGAUAUUUUAAUGAUUACCAUAUACAACUUUUUGUGACAGUAAUACCAUACAAAAAAAGACAUAGACCACUCUCAAGAUGUCAGUGCAAGUAUUGCAUAUUUUAAGGUGUACAAGAACACCACAGUGAGAAAUAGCCAACACUGAGGUGUGGUUUCCACAGUGUAUUUUUUCCAAAACAUCUUCCAAAUUGUUUAUUUUGAGAGAAUCUUAAGUGAAUUUCAAAAAUUACUUCAAAUUUUAACAAGGUUUUUACAAAAUCAGUUUAGUCUUUUAAAAUUAUGUGUGUAGGGAAAUCCUAUUCUGUUUCACAAAUAACAUCAUUUAGGUGAUGUGGAAGUUAACAGUAUGCUUUCUGACCUAGUAUGAAUCACCACAUACAGUCAUUUUUAAGUGUGAAUGGGAAAAUAUUUUGAAUUUAAACAGUGAAUGUUUAGAAGUAGCUUUUUUUCACUUUGUGAUUUUUUUCAUGAAAAAAAGAGUAUUACUUUUAUACAUUAGCUACAUUCAAGUAGUUAAUGUUAUGUAUUGAUCUCAAGUAUUUAAUUAAGCUAAGCUAAGAGACGUCUCAGGAUCACAUUUGGAAUCAUUUGAUUUGACAGGAAGUUGUGGCAAAUUUGUUUAUAUUUAUUUGCAUUCAUUGUUUCAGCUAAAAAAUAGAAAUGUAAGAGUGAAAGACAGUUUGCUUUAAUUUUUUGACAGGACUUUGCAUUACUAAAUUUAUUCCAAUUCAAAAACUUUAAAAAUACUCAAAAGCAAAAUGUUGUUUCCAGUCAAAUACAUGGUUUCAUUUGAAUUGAUCUUUUGCUCUGUCUUGGACUUUUGUUUUGUUUCCUGUUUUGGCCAGGAAACAGAGAAGCCAGGUACUUAGGAAGCUGCACCUGAGGUCAUCUGAGCCAUUGUUUCUUAAUCCUAAAUGCUAUAUUCCUCCAGCACCUUAUGCUGGAAUUGUUUUUGUGCGUGUGUCACUUCCCUUUUUGUCCUCCUGCCUUUUUUGGCCUCAGAGUUUGGAGAUUUGAGAUCAAUAUUUAGUUUUACUAAAGUUUACUUUAGUUUUACUGAUUUUGUCAGAUUAAACUGAUGUAAGGACGUUAAAAAUUUGAACCUGAUCCAGCAAAAUUAGGCUGUGAUCACAAAUAAAAUUAUUUGACCUAAGGUCCCUUGAAAUUUGCAUGGGAUUUGCAGCUUAUUUCCUAGUUUUUAAAAGGUUUUCUGAUUGCUAGCUUCCAUUUCAGUCUGUGAAUAAUUAUUCCGUAGCGAUGUUAGAAAAUCUCUGGUUUGCAAAGGCAUGUCUAUGUGCUAGUAGAACUGCUUGCUGCUCUCUUAGUUAAGCAUAGACGUCUUUUUGAAUGGAAAGCCUAAGUAACCAAACAGGGGACACAGUCGAAUGGACAAUGACACUAUCAGAUGUACAAAGCAAGCAAAAUGAAAAAAAAUAAAGAAAUGUUCUGAUCUCUAA